GUGUGUUUAGAUAUUUGUACAAGUAUUACAUAUCUGUGAAAGUAACAUCUAAAUUUUAUGGCGUUAACUCUCUUUCUGUUUCUUAGUUUGUGCAUAACAUAUUGCAGAGUUGACGCAAGAAGCAAAAUUCUAUCCGAUGGGAACAAUAAUUUCACACUAUCAUACAACAUCAUGCAUCAAGUGAUCAAAGAUUUUGAUUGUGUCCAUAUCUACAAGCAACCUGCUUUACAACAUCCGUUACUAAAAAAUCAUAAAAUUCAGCUUCACCCUACUUUUGCAAUGAAUAUCAUGCUCAAUAGACCUUCUAAUGUUAAAACAACACAUGAAUGUCCAGUCGGAAAAGUGCCUAUUUACAACGGGGCAAGAAAACGUCAAAUUAUUACUAAUUCAUCUCCAAAAUUACAAAUUGGUGAUUUUCAGCAGUAUUCACAAAGUUCCUCUAACUAUCAUACUGUUACCCUUGAUACAACCCAAAACAUGAUAUUUCAUGGAGCAAAUGCAAUCAUAGCUGCGUACAAUCUAUCACUUAAAGCAAACCAAUACAGCAUGUCUUCAAUUUGGAUUGCAAGUGGACCACCAACGGAACUUAAUAUCAUACUAACCGGGUUCGGAGUACAUCCUGGUUUAUAUGGAGAUAGCCAACUGCGACUAACUAGUUAUUGGACGGUUGAUGGCAAAAAAACUGGAUGUUACAAUCAACUUUGUCCAGGUUUCGUGCAAGUCAAUCAUGACAAAGAAAAUGCUCUUGGAUCGGUCUUGAGCCCCACUACUCCCAUUGGAUCAACUACAAAAUAUGUUGCUCCUAUCAAAAUCAAACAGGAUCGAUCUACGAGUCAUUGGUGGUUAAUUAUUCAUGAAUCAAUAUAUGUUGGAUAUUGGCCAAAAGAAUUAUUCACCCACUUAAGCAAAGGAGCAGCUUUUAUUAGAUUUGGCGGUCAAACCUAUGCUCCACCUAAUAACGAUAGUCCCCCAAUGGGUAGUGGAAGAUUGCCAAAAGAAAAAUUCCCUAAUUCGGGUUUGAUGGGAGAACUUGAGAUUAUUGAUUCAGGAUAUAAUGAAAUUGAUGUAAAUCCUGAAGAUAUGAAGCCAUAUACUGAUACUAAUUCAAAUUGUUAUGACUUGGCCUACCGAGGUUACCAAGGAUCUUCGUAUAGGCAAGCUUUUCUUUAUGGCGGGCCAGGUGGACGAAAUUGUGGUAUAUAAUUGUAAUGAUAACUUUAUCUAAUAAGAGUGUGAUUCGUCUUUUGACAUUGCAUGUAAUACUAUUUUCUUAGAACGGUUAAAUUAAGGGAGAAUUUGCAGAAA